UGAGGCUUCUCUUCUUCAUCAUCCAAGCAUCCUUUCUUUCUUUUAUAGCUACACAUAUUGCUAUAUUUGCUUCCUAAUUUGACCAGAUUUCACUUAAUCACUUCAAACCAUUGUCGGUCUUCGUUUCACUUUUCUUUCUAACACUAUAAUCACAUUUGAAAACCAUGGGGAAUGCCAUCUCAGUCAGAUUGUCAGCUGGCUCCAUUGUCAGUAAAUGCUCAGAUUGCAUUGUUGGAGAAGCUAUGUACAUGUACAAACUUAAAGAAAAUCUAGAAGAUUUGAGGACAACACUAGAAGAUUUGAAGAGCUUAAGGAAUGACGUGAAUAGAAAGGUGAACAUUGCUGAAGAGCAACAUUUGCAGAGGUUGGACCAAGUACAGGGGUGGCUUUCAAGAGCAGAUGCUAUGAUCAAUGAAGUUGAAGAACUGCUACAAGAUGACUCUACUGAAACCAGGAGUGCAUGUCUUGGAGUUUGCUGUUCAAAAAACUGCAUGUCCAGCUACAAAUUUGGGAAAAAAGUUGCAAAGAAGCUCAAAGAAAUCGAGGAUUUGAAGAGCAAAGGAGCUUUCCAGGAGGUGGCACAGACCAUACCUGCUCCUUCGGUGGUUGAAAUACCUCAUGAACCAGCAGUGGGAUUGGAAUCAACGUUUGAUGAAGCUUGGAGAUGUAUCGUAGGAAAAGAAAUUGGAGUUAUCGGCUUAUACGGUGUAGGAGGAGUAGGCAAAACUACUCUGUUAAAGCAGAUCAACAACAAUUUCCUCGAUGCACUGAAUGAUUUUGAUGUAGUUAUUUGGGUGGUGGUUUCAAAAGAUUUGAAUUAUGAGAAAAUUCAAGAACAAAUUGGGGAAAAGAUUGGAUUUAAGGAGGAUGUAUGGAGGACAAAAAGCAUCCAUCAGAAAGCUGCCGACAUCUUCAAGGUGUUGAGUAAGAGAAGAUUUGCCUUGUUGCUGGAUGAUAUAUGGGAGCGAGUUGAUCUGAUCAAGGUGGGAGUACCAGUACCUAAUGAACAUAAUGGAUCAAAGAUAGUGUUUACAACUCGUUCAGAGGAGGUGUGUGGUCGGAUGGGUGCUCAAAGAAGGAUUAGAGUGCGCUGUUUAACAUGGGAAGAAGCUUGGAAACUGUUCAAGCAGAAUGUUGGCGAUGACAUCCCAAACAGUCAUCCAGAAAUUCCUGCACUCGCAGAAACUGUAGCUAGAGAGUGCGGUGGUUUGCCUCUAGCUCUCAUAACCCUUGGUCGAGCCAUGGCUUGCAAAAGGACACCCCAAGAAUGGUAUCAUGCAACUGAGGCACUAAGAAGAUCUGCAUCAGAAUUGACAGGUAUGGGAAAUGAAGUAUUUCCUCUUUUGAGAUUCAGUUAUGAUAGUUUACCAAACACAAGAGUUCAAGAUUGUUUCUUAUACUGUGCCUUGUUCCCGGAGGACUUCCCUAUUCCUAAGGUUGACUUGAUCGAGUGUUGGGUUUCUGAAGAUCUUUUGGAUGAGUAUGAUGACCAAACUAUUUUUCAAAACCAAGGACAUGACAUCAUUGGAACUCUUGUUCACGCUUGCUUAUUGGAAGAAGACCGCGAUGAUCGCGUGAAAAUGCAUGAUGUGAACCGGGACAUGGCUCUAUGGAUAGCUCGUGACCAAUAUUUGGUGGCAGCAGGUGCCAGAUUAGUGGAACCACCAAACCUCAAAAGAUGUGAAGGGCUCCAAAAGAUUUCGUUGAUGGCAAAUCAUAUUGAGAAUCUGAGGAGAGUACCUACAUGUCCUAAGCUGCUAACUUUGUUUCUUGGUGAUAAUCGUUUGCAGAGAAUCGCCGGUGACUUCUUCCAAUUCACGCCUACUCUAAAAGUCUUGGACUUGUCCAGAAAUCAUAAACUGACAGAAUUGCCAUCUGCAGUGUCAAGUUUGGUUUCAUUACAACAUCUCAACCUAUCAUUCACGGGCAUCAAAGAAUUGCCCAUCGAGUUGAAGUACUUGGAAAAGCUGAAAUAUUUGAAUUUGGAGUAUACUAAUGCUUUGACUACCAUUCCUGAGCAAUUAGUAUCAUGCUUCCGGAUGUUACAGAUUCUGAGAUUGUUCGAGUGUGGCCCUCUAAAUGUGCAAAGUGAUAUCUUGUUGGCAUGUAAUGAAUCAUUGGUUAGAGAAUUGCAGAGCCUGAGUCAUUUGAAUGUGUUCACCAUCAGCAUAAAAAGUCUGACAGCCCUUCAAAUAUUUCUAAGCAUUCAGAGUUUAGUCAGCAACACUCAGUCACUGUCAUUCCAGUACAUGAGCGGUUUGGGAAGAAUGAAUAUGUCAGAUUUAGCAAGAAUUUUCAAGGAUCUAGAUAAACUUUUUAUCUGUGACUCUAACCAUCUGAGGGAGUUGCCGUUUGACUUGCCAUUGGGUUUUGGAAGAGAAUUACACAACUCACUUAUCAGGAGUGGAGCAUGCUUUCGCAAUCUUCGCCAUGUAAGAAUAAUGUCUUGUCAAGCAUUACAGGAGGUAACCUGGCUCAUAUUUGCUCCGAACAUUAUGUUCCUUGCUGUGGUGAAUUGUUAUAAUAUAAAAGAAAUAAUAAGUGUGGAGAAAUUGGGAGGAGAUAAAGAGAGGGUACGGAAUCUUGACCUAUUUGCAAGACUAAGGGUUCUGAACGUAUCUGCACUGCAACAACUAGAGAGCAUCUAUUGGGAUCCCCUUCCCUUCCCAAAUGUUGAUCAAAUUGUGGUGAUUGGAUGCCCUAAACUAAGAACACUUCCCAACGCAGACCGUGCUAGGGGACCUAAAUUUAUCAUUUAUGGACAAGCAGAGUUGUGGAAACAAUUGGAAUGGGAGAAUGAAGCAACGAGAGAUGCUUUCUAUCCUUAUUUCAGAUGUGCCUAGUCAGCCUGCUGGACAUGGUGCCAAAACGACAUUGAAGAAUUUGACAAGAUUACAAACAAGUGUCGGAGUGCAGAGUGUGCGACAAAAGCAAGUGUAUGUGAGAUAAGUCAAAGAGAGUGUUGUAAACUGUUUGUGUCCGAGUGGCCAUGAGAAUAAAGAAGUGAAUUGAAGUGUUUGUAGU